CGCGGCAGAGGGACAUAACUUUCGUCUCGUUUGUAGACGGCCCACGUGUGACAGUCCACACGAGGCCACUGAAGGAUAACGCGCUGAAUCACCCACUGUUUAUGCUGUGCCUUGGUUUGUUCAAGUCACUUGCUGCUUAUGCAUUCCGUACAAAACUCGACCGACCCCAACACUGAAGCCUUGUUCUUCUCUUCUCUUCCUCUGUAAUUUUGCUAUCAUCUGUGUUCACGAAUCUACGGACUUUGAACAGCGCCUGUCAAUUACAAGCCUGCAUAAUCACCAAUUUCUCAGCCGUAAAGCCUCUGAAUUUGUGGCUGGCUGCCAACCGUCUAUUAUAAACCCAACACAGCCCAAGCCCAAGCUCAAGGCACCAAACCCAAAAAACCCAACACAAGCAACCAAAUUCAAGGACUUGCACAGAAAAGUGGGACAAGAAGACAGCGGAAGCCAGAAGCCCCUCCACUCCCACUUGAACUAUUUUCCAGCCCUGUCGCCUUUCAUCCAUCAUUUCUCCCCUUCUUUCUUCUUCAACAACAGCACGACCUCUAUUCUAGAGCGACAAUCGCCAUCUCUCAUUCACAGCCUGAACUAUCUAUUCGAUAUUUCAGGUUUCAGAUUUGUUUUUGCUUCUUGCAUCUUCAUAAGCAACCAAGCAUUCUCUUCAAAUUGAACCACCCAUACAACCACCACCCGACCGACCAAAUGGCUACCCCCCAAUCCACCACCUCUUACGAGGGCGCCGAAGGCGACAAGAAGCUCGAGCAGAUCACCUUCCGAUUCUGUUCCGAAUGCUCCAACAUGCUUUAUCCCAAGGAGGACGAAGAUGCUCACAAGCUUCAGUUUACCUGCCGAACUUGCCAGUACACCGAGGACGCCAAGUCUACCUGUGUCUUCCGCAACGUCCUCAACACCUCGGCCGGUGAGACCGCCGGUGUCACCCAGGAUGUUGGCUCCGAUCCAACGGUUAGUCAUCUUCCACCUGUUCUCUGUUACGGCUGUGGCGGAGUCAUCUUGUGCACCUCUUGCGGCCAGCCCGAUUGCCAAAUGGUCGUCUCCAACGAGAAAGUCAGUCAGCCCAUCACGGGCAUGUGCCAGUUCACCUUGCCAUGGGAGGAUCCUUUCGCCGACUACGAUGAGGAGAUGAUGGAUGAGGACUACGAUGACAUAAGGACCGAGUCUGAUGACUUCCUCUCCGACGCCAGCGAAGAAUUCCUCGAAGAGAUCUCCAUGUGCUGUGAUUCGUCCAUGAAAUGUGAAUCAUGAGCAUCUCCAACAAACAUCCUGUAUCACGACAAUUAUGUAACUGACGACACGACACGACUGGCACGACUAUAUUAUUCUAUCCUGGGCUGACUGGCACAUGCUCUGGGCUUCUGGCAUCAUUAUCCGGCGACGAGCAGUUGGCGGCCGACCGGUCACAUGACAAAGUAUAAGUUGGAAACAGCAGUUGGAGCACUGGGUGUCUCGCGUCUUCUUUGGAACCCGCUUGCCAUCGCUUAAAGACUGCUGGCUGACUUUAUUUCUUUUUUUGCGCGCUGCAGCUCCCGCGAUCUACAAAGACCUGCCCUAGUUGCCAGCACACCGAAGCUGUGUUUUUCCAGUCUCAGCAGCGAAGCGCUGAAACCGGCAUGAAACUCUUCUACGUCUGCUGCGAGUGUGGUCACAUUUUCACUUAAGCGAAACCUUGUAUCGAUACCCGGGCACCGAAUCAUCGACGUCCAAGUUGUGGAGGAUACUCGCAUCAUCAUUUGAAUUCGCAAGGCGUUUUUAGAGAGGGUUGUGGCAUGGUUAUGCCACCGGCGCCAGGUUAUAAGGAGGGAAAUGCAAAUUGUAUUCUAUCAAUGAUCCUGUAUAAGACUGCUUUGAGCAGCGAAUAAGAUUUUGGAGGAGGGCCACAUAAAUGUACCAAGCUUUCCUCAGUUCUUUCGUCGUUUAGGAUUGAGGGUUAAGUUUCUAACCACCUUCCGUAGGAGGGGUAAAUUAUCAAGAUGCAUCUGCAGUUUUUUAAUCAUGCAAAAUAAGUUCCGUGA